AUGCGUUCAUAUCUCGGCUUGCGUGUUCUCGCAGGAGAUUCUCUCAGCUCUACUGAAGAUAUCUUACAGGCCGUUACAGCGUCGGUUGGGUGCGAGUCCGACGAUAUUGAUCUAUUUGUGCUAGAAGAGGUUUCGGGCGCAAAUUCCGAUGACCUGGUUCUAAAUGAUGAACUGUACUGCGUGGUUCCGAUCGACAGCGAGUUCUACACGGUCGAGGGCGUAGCACAAAGAUUAGCUCAAGCCCACAGUGCUGCCCAGGAGUCGGACCCUGUUAGCUCCUUCGUAGUGUCUCACAUCAGCCCGUCUAUUGAAGACAUGCCGUCAUUAACAAGUCAACUAGAGUCCAGCGCACAGGUAGAUGAGAUGCGCAACGCGAUGACCUUGCUGUCACUCUGCGAACGGUACAACUCUAAGGCAGAGAACAUGAAGGUUAUGGCUGACAUAGUCAUCAGCCAACUCAUCAACAUGCAGCUGCACGUGGAGGCAGGGGUCCUCUCCGUGCGAGCUGCUUUCAAAGCUGCAGAUGUCUCCAUGUGCCUUAACAAGCUAGACACAGAGGCUCCGUUUUCUGCGGCAAAAAGGGUAGAAAAUCAGAGUCGACUCGCUAGGUUGAUUGACUCUGAGCGAGGAGAGUAUAGGGACCUUAUGUCUCGUUUGGAGGUCUACAGAAAGAGGCUGCUAUCUAUCUGA